GGGCCCGCGCGUAGCGGCCAAGCCAGCAGCAGCUUGUAGGCCCAGCGCGGGUGCAGGAGGACAGCGCGGCGGAGCCCCCCGCUUUCUCCACACCCCAGCAUUCUAGAGCACAUAAAUAGUGGCGCCCUGGCGUCCGGGUGCAGGGCGGCUGAGGCUCGGGGGAGGGGCAGCAGAGCAAGUAAGAGCAGAGGGAAAGCACUCUGGAGUCCUGCGAGGGAAAAUGGUCUGUGGGGCCCAGUGUGGCGGCUGCGCACCUGGCGGUGGAAGAAGGCAAGGAUAGGCCCAGAAAAACAACCAGAAAAAAAUCUCAUCAUGGCAAAUAUCCACCAGGAAAACGAAGAAAUGGAGCAGCCCGUGCAGAAUGGAGAGGAAGACCGUCCUUUGGGAGGAGGUGAAGGCCACCAGCCUGCAGGAAAUAAUAGACGGGCACAGGCCCGCCGACUUGCCCCUAAUUUUCGAUGGGCCAUACCCAAUAGGCAGAUCAAUGAUGGGAUGGGUGGAGAUGGAGAUGAUAUGGAAAUGUUCAUGGAGGAGAUGAGAGAAAUCAGGAGAAAACUUAGGGAGCUGCAAUUGAGAAAUUGUCUGCGUAUUCUUAUGGGGGAGCUCUCUAAUCACCAUGACCAUCAUGAUGAAUUUUGCCUUAUGCCUUGACUUCUGCCAUUUUCCAUGAGAUUAAUACUGUGAUUCCCACUGUUUUCCUUUUCCUUGCAUUUUCGUGAUAUGCCUUUACUGAACUGUUUGCUGUGAACCUUAUGUUAUUUCCUUGUCUCAAGUGGGUCUUGUGUUGCCAGCUUCUGACUGAAGAUUGCCUUUGCACCCAGCCUAAGUUUCUGUCAGCAGUAGAGUUUUACCCAUUUGCAUGGAAAAAUGUAAAGUUAAUAAAGCAGUUAAAAAGCAA